AAUAUGAGUGCAUAUAAGACGCUUGAAGUACAUGCUACCCUCAUUCAAUAUGGAAGUUAAUAACAAUGCUAUGUUUUCAAAGAUAAUUACUUUAUUUUGCUUGAUUGCAUAUAGAGAAUGUGCUUCAAACUACACUUUCCCUUCUGAUUUCCUGUUUGGUACUGGAACAUCUUCUUAUCAAGUUGAAGGAGCAUGGAAUGAAUCAGGAAAAGGUGAAAACAUUUGGGAUUUCAUAACUCACAACACUCCCGAAUUCGUUGAUGACAGAACUAAUGGGGACAUUGCCUGUGAUUCUUACCACAAAUAUGAAGAGGACCUUGCUCUAGCUAAAGACUUAGGAGUAAACUUUUAUAGAUUUUCUGUAUCUUGGGCCCGGAUAUAUCCAAAUGGUUAUCCGUACAAUCCGAAUCAAGAAGGAAUUGCGUACUACAACAAUCUUAUUGAUGCUAUUCUCGCUCAAAACAUGACACCUAUGUUAACCAUAUACCAUUGGGAUCUUCCUCAACGUCUACAGGAAUUGGGUGGUUGGACAAAUCCUUUAAUCGUGCAAUUAUAUACGGAAUACGCGAGAACUCUUUUGGAGAAUUUUUCUGAUCGUAUUAAAUAUUGGGUUACAUUCAAUGAACCUUACAUGGCUUGUAAUGCAGGUUAUGGUGAAGUAGGGUACGCUCCAGCCCUAGGCAUGUCGGGCAUAGCUGAUUACCUUUGUGCUCACAACUUACUAAAAUCUCAUGCUGCAGUUUAUCAUCUUUUUAAUGAUACAUACAGGACCAGAAAUAAUGCUACAAUGGGUAUCACCCUAAACUCUAUAUGGAUUGAUCCUGGUAGUCCUGAAGAAGAAGAAGCUGCUGAGAGAACCAGACAGUUUCAGGUAGGCUUGUACGCGAAUCCUAUUUUCUCAGCAAACGGGGAUUAUCCAGAAGUAAUGAAGGAGUACAUUGGUAAUCGAAGUGUUGCUCAAGGCUAUUCUAAAUCUAGACUUCCUCAGUUCACAUCAGAUGAAAUUGAAUUUAUUAAGGGAACGUUCGAUUUUCUUGGAAUGAAUCAUUACACUACCAGAUUGGCGAGGAAUUCACCACCAACUAACAAUAUGGUUUCAUUUAACAGUGAUAUGCAAACGGAGAUGUGGGUUAAUUCCAGUUGGCCAGGCGGUAGAGAGCCUAUUGUUCCAUCGGGUUUCCGAAAACUUUUGACGUGGAUUAAGAACACAUACAAUAACCCCAUCGUUUAUAUUACAGAAAACGGCUAUGGAGAUAACGGAGAAUUAGAUGAUUACGUCAGGGUGUCUUAUUAUGGGUCAUAUCUUGAAGCACUUCUGGAAGCUAUCAACGAAGACAAUGUUAAUGUACGAGGUUAUUCUGCGUGGAGUCUAAUGGACAAUUUCGAAUGGAAAUCUGGAUACACCUGGCGAUAUGGAAUUUAUUCUGUCAAUUUUACUGACCCAAAUCGUCCAAGAACAGCAAAAUUAUCAGCCACUUUUUACAAGAACGUCAUCGCCAACAGGGCAGUUGGGGACUACCCUUCACUAUCGUAAAAAUAUUCUGUGUUUGGAAAUACAUAUUUAUAUUUUAUUGAAUAAAACUUAAACAGAUAAAUUAUCUAAUUUU